AGACAGACCAAAAGACCUUCAUAUAACGUGACAUUGGGUUGUCGCCUCUUCUCUUCCUGUCACGCUCUGCCAAAGUCAGUGAAUAGAACUGAGUCAUGGAUACGCCUUUUAACAACAGUAAUGAUGAACCUCUACCGCCGGAAGCAAUGUUAAUCGAUUGUGAUCAUGACGGUACCAAUGAAUCUAGCGAAGCCGACACUUAUACUUUUCCACCACAAAUUGAUGAUCCACAAGCACAGGAGGCUGACGAUUCUGAAGAUCCAGAAGGUUCUAUUGCGCGAUUGGUUCAAGAUAUGACAGAAGAAGAAAUUCAAUUUUUGUGUAUGAUCUAUGAGAAUGAUUAUCGCGAAUCGAACCAAGGAAUAGAACAGGCUUCGAACCAACCUAACGAAUCACUGAGUACAACGUCUAGAGACCACUUAGAUGCAAAUAACCAGCCGCAUUAUAGUGGUCGCAUUGAAAUUCCAGAGCAACUACAGGAUUCUGCUCAGCAAGGUUUUGCUGGUUCUGCAUCACAAGACGAAGAUUAUGACAACUCUAACCCUCCGAAACGACGAAAGAUAUGUCACACUGAACAGGUUCGGCAGAUACUGCAAUUUGCCAAGAAAGCAGACACUACUACUAAUAAAAAAUAAAACUAUGACUAAUAUCCAUCAAUUUGAAAUUAUUGCCACAUCGUCCAAAAUUCAAAAAGAAAAAUAAGGAAACUUGGGUCCAAGGGAUUUACAAUCUACAAGUCUAGAAAAUAAUAUUUUGCCUCAAAUUACUUCUUUAGGGAAGGAACACAUUAGACUCCUUCAUGACGGAAGAUUUCGCUUGAGAAAUUUUUAAAUGUUCAGGUACGUUUCAAAUCAAAUUGAUGGGUUUACUGAUUCAGACAAGAAAAUUAUUGUGUUAAGUAAACUUUUUACCUAUGAAAGCUACAUAGAUAAAAAACAAUACGUAUGUCGUAGUUUGGAAAGCAAUUAAUACAUACGGUAAGUGUUGUUCAAAUUUACUUGUAUUAAAAGGAGACUACUCUGUGUUUUUCAGUAAUGUGUAAACCAUUUUACCAUUCUUAAUGUCAAUAAAUGAGUUUGUCUAUUA